AUGUCUAAUUCCCCUCUUACAAAAGUACCAACUUCGGCAUUCUCUCCAAUCUCGGCUUUGUCAAUGCGGAAAUAGGGACAAAUCCCUCAGGCCCUGUCCAAACAAGCCAUUGAUUUGCAGAACACUCUGAAUAAACUCAAGGAAGCAAAACAAAAAAAACAACUUUCAAAUUCUAACAUCGUUGUCUAAUCGAUAACCAAUCCAGUUAGCAGUCCUCAAAAAAACAAACACACCGAAGAUUCAGAACCCAUACAAAUUUAAUAUAAAUCCUUGUUUAAGGAUAUUGAAUCACCAGAGAUCUGUUAACCGAAGACUUACAAUUAAAUGAAUGAGUAAGAGGCUGAAUUAAAGUAUGAGCAAAGGAAAAAAUAAAUAAAAGAAUAAAUCGAUAGAACUAAAUCAAACAGUAAAAUAAUUUAGAAACCUAAAUAAAGUUAAAAGAAGACUGUUGAAAAGUAAAUUCAAAAAAUUGAUCUCUCUAAAAAUUCUAAUAAAAAAUAAAAAUAGGAUUCCAUUUCCAAAAUCCAAGACGUCACCCCACAAUCCAAAGACGGCUAGCAUGACAAUAUGAAGGUUAUGCAAAAAAAGCUAAAGCAAGACAUAGCUAAACUUGAUAAAGAAAUCUAGGGCGAACACCAAACCUGUCUAUUUGAAAUUAAGAACAAAGGUCAUGAUUUAUAUCUAUAAGGAUUGCAGAUCGAAGAUAGAAAGCAGUUUAAAAAAAAAUUACACGAAAGAGAAAAGCAGCUAAAAGAGAUGCAAGAGUGUACUUUCAAGCCACAAAUAAGCUAGCAAAAGAGAAUGAAUAAUCAAUCUCGAUAAAUUGAGUCAAGAUUGCAAUAAAAUGAAUCUAAACAGUAGGUUAAAUGUUAGAGUAACAGGGAUGGUUAGAUAACUUCGAAAAGAUUAUCCCGUUCUCAAUCAUAAGAUCAAAUUAAUAGUACAACACUGACCUAAACAGUUAACAAUAACAAUAACAACGAUAUCAAUUCUUACUUAAAUAGAAUUUAAGAUAAAUAUUAAUAGAUAGUCAAUAGAGCCAAUGCUUUAAGACUUAAAGGACUUUGA